UUAUCAGAGCAGGGAAGUCUCGUAGUUGAAAACAGCGGUUAAUUGAAAAAAUGCAUGGGUACACUUGGGCUGUGUACAUUACAAUUUUAGAUGAUACAUAAGUAUACUAAUUCAUAUAUCACCAGUGGAUUUCGAAGCCGUUAUGUGCUUGAAAAAAGUAGGCUAAGUCACAGAAGAAUGGGGAAGUUAAAAUGAUGGAUUCUGAACAAAACUUGGACCACAGCCUGAGACUGGCCAGUGGGAGCAUCAGUUCGGUGUUGGAGAGAGAUCUCUUGAGACCUUCUGGCACGGGCAACAGCCUCAGGUUCAUCUGCAUGUUUCAAGAGAGACUAAAAGAUACCAGAAGAGACUUCCAGCCAGAAGAGAGCCAGGACUCUGUGCUGGUACAUCUGCCAGCUCGGUGCAGUGUGUAUCAGCUACGUAUACGUAUCUGCAUGUUGGUACAGGACAACAGCCUCGUCUCAGAGCCACUUGCUAUCCUGGAUCCUGAAAGAUAUAUGCUACUCUACAAGAAGGGGGACAACUGGUAUGAGAUUUAUGAUGAUUUCCAGGUCCUUCAGACACUUGAUGCAGAGUGGUGCCAGGAUACCCAGGAUGUAAGGACGUACAAAAUUUUAGUGUCACACUGCCCUGCUGACACAGAGGAGAGGCAGAGCACUCAGAAGAUGCUAACAGAUCUGAUUGGAUAUGACCUCAGCACUGCAACUACUGACAGGCUGAGUGAGCUAAACUUCACGCGCAGGAAGUUUGCCGCUCCUCGUAGGGAGGAGUUGCAGAGACGUGACCCUAGGGUCUAUGCCUUAGAGCCUUGGACCACUUCAGUUCCCCUCAUAAUGGAUCAACCAUCUCAGUUUAACCAGGCACUCCCUGUCACCCUCUACUACAGAGACAUAAGCUUCAAGCUAAAGGUGGACAUCCAAAUGCCUGCUAACAAUAUGCUCAAGGUCUUUGAAGAGAUAAUGUUUGAAAAUUGCCACACUUUGGAAUGUGUGAUUGAUGAUCUUGUGCUGAAAGUUUGUGGGAGGGAGGAGUUCAUCUCAGGAGAGUCACGGCUUUCAGAUUUCCUAUGGGUGCGGCAUUGUUUGAAGACUUUGCAGGAGAUGCACCUGUCCGUUCUCCCAUUAACUUCCCUUGAGAAAGACACAGUGAGGAUGGAGGACUUGCCUCUGGUGGACAGCUUUACUGGGCUCUCCAGCUCUCACAACGAUCUUACUCUGGCAAACAAAGAUGUGGAUGAUGUGCUGAUGAUAUCAUUGUGGGAUUGUGAGAGAAAGUUCAGGGUCAAGCUGCUGGGGUUUGACAUCCCCCAUAUCCCAUGUAGUGACCCUCAGAAUGUCUGUGUUGAGGCAUCUAUCCUGUAUGGUAAUAAGGUAGUCUCCUCAGUCUGUUCCACUCCAAAGCCCUUUGCAGAGGAAGUUUUCUGGAACAUGUGGCUUGAGUUUGAUGUACCACUGAAAGCUCUCCCAAGUGGUUCAAGACUGGGACUCACAAUCAACUCAAUUUCCCUUGACAGAAAAUCCAACAGGAAGCCACUGUACUUUGUGAACCUUUUACUCAUUGACCAUAAAUCUGUCUUGAGACAAGGUUUGCAUAGCCUUCACAUGUGGGCUUUUCCUGAAGAAGAGGCCUCUUCCCUGUUAACUUAUGAAGCUGACAAGCUGUCCUCUGCUGCCAACCCAGACCAGGUGAAUUCCAUGGCCAUCACAUUCCUCUUGGACCGGUACAGCUAUCCAAUUGUCCUUCCUAACAGCACCUCCUCUCAUGGGGCCUGCUCAUCGCCCACAGCCUCAGAUGGUGAUGAGGUAGGCGAUGCGACCACGUCCCCAUUGUCCAUGUUGGGUGAUGCUGCUAGCCUAAAGAAGCUGAAGAAACAAAGUGUACACUACAGCGCCCACCUACCCCAGUACCUCAGAAAGGUGAACUGGCUGCAGCCAUGUGCUGUGCAGGAUAUCCACUGGUUGCUGCGCAACUGGGAUCCAAAGGACCUGGAUGUUCCCACUGCCUUGGAAUUGCUAAGUGUGGAUUUUGCAGACGAACAAGUCAGGAAGCUGGCAGUUCAGAAACUGGAGACCCUGUCCAAUGAUGACAUACUUAGGUACCUUCUGCAGUUGGUGCAGACCUUGAAAUUCGAGCCUUAUCAUGACAGCUUUCUAGCCAGAUUCCUCAUCCAAAGAGCACUUAGAAGUAAAAGAAUAGGCCAUUACUUUUUCUGGUAUCUGAGAAGUGAGGUAACUGGGUCUCCAUACUUCCGGCAACGCCUGGCAGUGGUGCUGGAGGCAUACCUGCUGGGAUGUGGCCAGGCCAUGCUGGACAGCUUCCUGCGACAGGUGCAGCUGGUGGAGUCACUGCAGAACGUAGCCAUUGAAAUGAACAAACUCUUCCGUGACAAGACUGACCUCCCACCAAAUGCUGCUGCAAUGCUGCAGGACAUGCUACGUACCUGCAACCUCCCUGCCGACUUUCAAGUGCCAUUUGACCCCCGUGUCAGGGCAGGGGCCAUACUGCUGGAAAAAUGCAAGGUUAUGGCUUCCAAGAAGAAACCCCUGUGGCUGGAGUUUUCCUCUGCAUGCUCACAGGGUCCUCCAAACCCAGCUGUGGGCAUCAUCUUCAAGCAUGGUGAUGACCUACGCCAGGACAUGCUGGUCAUUCAGACACUGAUGAUUAUGGAUUCAAUCUGGAAAGAAAAAUCACUUGAUCUGAACCUGGUGCCCUAUGGCUGUAUCGCCACAGGAUAUAACAUAGGUAUGAUUGAAAUAGUGAGGGACGCUGUCACCAUUGCCACUGUGCAGCGCAGCAUGGGUGGCACAAGUGGGGCCUUCAAAACUGAUGCCCUAUUCAAUUGGCUGAAGGGGAGGAACCUGCUGCAAGAAAUACACUAUAACGCCAUGGAAAGAUUUGUCACUUCCUGUGCUGGAUACUGUGUGGCCACCUACGUGCUGGGGAUUGGUGACCGGCACAACGACAACAUCAUGAUCAUGGAUCAGGGUAAAGAGUGGCAAUGGGUGGGGUGCUCUGCUAAAAAGCAGUGUGAAACAGCAGUGAUGGCAGACAUGAAUUACUGGUCAGGGCAACAAGGAAAUCUCUUCCACAUCGAUUUUGGGCACAUCAUGGGUAACACCAAGCGAUUUCUGGGAUGGAACCGUGAGAGAGUUCCAUUUGUCCUGACGCCAGACUUCCUGUACAUCAUGGGCAGAGUGGACAAGAAGUCCAGUCUGUACUUCCAAAGGUUUACGGAUACCUGCAUUCAGGCCUACCUGGCCCUGCGAUGUCACUCCCAUCUGCUGGUCACGCUCUUCUCCCUUAUGCUGCUGACUGGGAUCCCUGAGCUCAGUUGUGCGCAGGACAUAAGCUACCUGCGGGAGGCUCUGCAGGAGGGCCGCAGUGAGAAGGAGGCUGCCAACCACUUCCUGCAGCAGAUCUCCACUUGUGAGCAGAAGGGCUGGACUGUGCAGACCAACUGGUGGAUCCACAUGAUGUUGGGCAUCAAGGGCUGAGAUGGGCCAUCGUCUGAUCUCCUCAGGGCCAAACGUCCAGUUAUACUUUCGGUUCCACCCUCAACAUCCAUGGUUUGUAAUAUUAAACAUAAUUUUUGAAGAAUAGUCAGGUAAUAUGUAGAAUUUCUGGAGGCAUAAAUUUGCUGUACAGCAUGCGCUAAAACUGUAAUCAUAUUAAGUAAACUGACGUCAGCCUCGUUGGUGCAAUAUUGCCUCAAUUAUCCUUCAUGGCUGGAAAAUGACUUAAUGUAUCAGAAAAAUUAACCUUUCCCUUGUUUCUUUUGUACUGUCUGUAAUCACACACGGGAAGAGUUUAAGCACAAUCAUUCAAGCCCUUGUGAAAAGCCCAAAAGAAUGAGCAUUAUGAGUUAUUGUAAAGCUUACAAUUUCUAUUUUGCUUUACCAAAAUAAUUUGAUUUUGGGAAAAGUAAAAACUGGCUGACUGCAGUAUAAGAAAAUUGAAGGCAAAAUGAAUUUCUAUUUUGAAUUGAACAAAUCUGCUUAUAAAAAGUGUCACCAAGUACGUUUCACCAGCUGUCUCUCUCUAGGAAAUAGAGGUUUGCUGCCAACACACUGGGCCUAAAUUGGUUGUGUUGCUCCUGGCUUUACACACAGUUCUGAUGAGUGUUUGUUUUUAUUAAUUACUGUGAACAUAUUCAUGUUUUUGUUAGGUUAGCAGAAAAAGAUUUAUACAUAAUUAGCAUGUGGUUUUGACAAUGAUUUUUAAAUCUACUUGUUUGAUGAAAUUGUGGUAAUUAGCUAAAUCAAUAUUUUUAUCUUUCUGCAAGAGGAUUCUCACUGACCCAUUCAGUUUUAAAUCCUGCUGUUGUGUCUCUGGUUCAGUCAUUUGUCUGUAGAUCCACUGUGCUCCACAUCUAUAGAAUAGCAGUUUAGAUGUAUCCCUCCGUUUAUGAGAAUACAGUCAGUAAACAUGCCUUGUAUUUCUACAUGGCCAGGGAUAUGGAAUUCACAAGAGUAAGACACUGACUGGUCCUGGUCCUGGCUAUAUCUGGAAGUACUUCUGUUAGAAAAUGCAACAACCCAAAUCUGCAUCACUGAUAAUCAGAUGCAUGUUGAUAGGUAAUAUGAGGUAUACUUUCUUUGGUCCGGUGUCAAAUUCCGACUGCACCAGUGCCAGUGCCGGUUGUGUCCAGUACCAUGGCGGAUUCUAGCAUCACCCAGGAGUGGGAGGGCUUCAGCUGACCAGGCUUAUAGCAUCUCACUGCGCACCGGUGAACUCUGCUGGUCAGUUGGACACCCACAAGUUCAGCUUGAGGUGUCUUCCUCCAGUUCACGUCUCUGUCUGUCCAACUUGCUAACUGUGGUGUGAUGAGAAGCAGAAGCAGAAGCUUCAGAGGAAAGCACAUGCGGUGACAAAAAUACGAUUUGACACUCAAAAUUGUGAGCAAAAAGGGGGGAGACAUAAGAAAGAUAAGGUAAAUAUUAUUGUACAUGUUAAAUCCAACUAAGAAUUCAACUGAUAACCUAUCUGAAGGUUAGGUAGGGUCUUAUUGAAUCACCACUGCCUCGGAGAGCUUUUUUCUUUGUCAGCACAACAAUAUGGGUGCAUUUUAAAUUUACACCACUAGGUGACACCUAUUCUUGGGUAUAACUCCGAAUCCCUACUGACUGGAUUGCCAACACCCAGAGAGCAUGGAAUAAUGUCUUUUCCACAAAUUCAUGUUGUUUUUAUGCAAUUAAAUAUCCAUUUUAUGGUUCAUAUUUAACAUGAAUAAUGUUUUUUCUUAUCACUGUAUUUAUCCUCUUAUUCUGUUCACACUUUUGUGCUAAGCUGCAGUACUUUAGAUUCAAAUUAAAAUGAGUUGUCUUACUGCUUUGGAAUAUCCUGAUUGUAAAUUGAAAUAAAUGGAAUUAUCUCAGUUCUAUUGCUUGUGCCUUGGUCAUUUUGAACUUUCCAAGCCACUGGUGCUUGGAAUUAUUUUCUGUCAUGCCUCAGGGGAAUCCUGGCAUUGUGCAUAGUGCAUUUAAAAGGAAAUAAAAAGAGCAUUGAUAGUC